AUGGUUGAAUCCAUAUCGCCUACGCCUUCUAAAACGACCACCUUUGUGACCGCCCCACGGCUUUGGAUCGGCCUUCCGGGAACCAGACCACGAAGGUCCCUCGUCCCGGAACGAAUCCUUCGUCGACAACGACAAGGCAGUUUUCUGGUUGGCGUUAUUUCUUCACUCCCGUCGGAGUUCUUGGCUGGCGUUAUUUCUUCACACCGAAGCCUCACAGAAACUGACGAAGACUGUCUGAUUGUUGCGGAGGUUGGCGGGCGGCGGUUUCUUCUUCGCUACCCUCUUCUCGUAACAUUUAUUCUCUUAGUCUUCAUCCUAUCAUUCUUCUUCUUCUUCUUCUUCUUCUUCUUCUUCUUCUUCUUCUUCUUCUUCUUCUUCUUCUUCUUCUUCUUCUUCCUCCUCCUCCUCCUCCUUCUCGUCUUUUUUCUUGCAACAAUCAUAAUUUUUCCAUUUUCCAACUUUUAUUUUUCUUCUUAUAUUUUUUCUCCUCUCCCUUUGUCUUGUAAACCCUCUCUUCUUUUCUCUUUUUUUCUCGUUCUUAUUCAAGCGUGCAUACCGCCUGGAAAUGAUUCUUCCUCCUCCUUCUUCUUACCUCAUACAACCUAUUUUCUCGCCCUCCUUACCUCAUACAACCUCCUUGAUCGCCAUCUUCAUCUUCCCCCCUACCUCAUAAAACCUCCCUCCUUUACCUCUCUUUCCUUCAUACAACGUCUUUUGACUCACUCCACUUCCUCCUCCUUAUCUCAUACUACCUUCUUUUUCGCCCUCUUCUUCUUACCUCAUACAACCUCUUUUCUCGACUUCUUUUCUCCCUCCUUCUCAUACAAUCUCCUUUCUCGCCCUCCUUUUUCUCCUCCUUACCCCAUACAACCUUCUUUCUCGCCCUCCUCUUCUUACAUCAUACAACCUCUUUUCUCGCCCUCCUUUCUCUCCUCCAUACCUCAUACAACCUCCCUUCUCUCUCUAUUCUUCCUACCUCAUUUCAACCUCAUUUGUCACACUCCCCUUCCUUCUUCCCACCUCAUACAACCUCCUUUUCAACUUCCUCUUCCUACUUCUUACCUCAUAAAACACCCCCUAUCCCUCCUCUUCAUUCUUCCUACCUCAUACAAACCCCUUUCCCUUCCAUCAUUUUUUCUCUGCUUUCGUUUAUUUUAUCCACCUUUCUUCGUCUUCUUUACAUUAUUUCUUUCUUUUUAUUUUAUACACACACACACUUCUCUCUCUCUCUCUCUCUCUCUCUCUCUCUCUCUCUCUCUCACUCGCUUCCCACUUUUCCUGUUAUUUAUUCUCUUGCGUUUUCUUAUACUUCGUUCAUAUGUUCUUCACCGUCUCUUUUCACAAUUCUAA